AUGUGUUUUAAGAUCUUAGUUUUGUGUUUUGUUGUGUUGUUCUGUUCGGUCCUUUGUGAUAGUGAGGAAGAUGAUUUGGGAUACAGUUUGACUAUUGGAAACGCUAUUGAUGUGUUUGCAAAUUACGGCGACCUGUCUCAAGUGGCACAAGUGGUCUCAGCUGACUAUGAGGGCUACGACGGUAAUGAAGAAAUAGUCCCCUUCAACGAGAGGAACAUCAGAGUGUUCGUUAGUGUCACCAGCAAAGAGACCACGAGCGAGGGGAUCACGGACAUGGAUGUAUUGCUCUGUGAGACCUUCGAUGAUCUACUUGAUGCGUACUUCAGGAGUUUUCGGAUAGAAGGAACAGAUAAACCGUGGAAAGCGUUUAUGGGGGACUGGAUCAAUGAUGAAAUAAUGCGUACAAUGGGCCUGGAAAAUGACUCAAAACCUGACAACUGCUGCUACGUACUGGUCAAGCUGAGUAAAAGGCACAAAACUGUAGAACUUAACAAUAUCAAUACGGUUGAGCCAAAGGAAUACAUCAAGAGGGCCAUUGAUGGGCUGAAUGUGAGUGACGUCGCAGAAGUGAGGCGAUUCAUGAAGAGCUAUGGCACACAUUAUAUUGAUUCAUAUGUCACGGGAAACUUUAUUUACCAGAUAUUCAAAUACAAGCGCACGGGAUACAACAUGCUACGCGCGUACAUCAGGUUACGCAACCACGGUCGCGCUAAGCCUGACAACCUUAGAUUCUACUUCUCAUCGUACUUCCUGAAGCAAGUUGGUGAUAUCAGGAUAGCCAGUGGGAAUAAAACUACAGAAUCAUGGGCCCGCAAAAAUCUCAGGGAUGUACAGUACUUAUAUUCAAGACCCAGUCUUCUCCGAUUGUACUAUAACCCAGUCCUUCUGAACAAGCUAACUGAGCUGAUGGACAAUGGUGCUUUAAUGGGUAUCGGCCUGAACACUCUCCGACCAUUGUUCAAAGAUAAGUACAAAGCGGAUAAGUACGCCGAGAUUGUCGAAAAUGAUUUGCAACUGUGGGAGAACAAUGCGUAG